AUGCCGAUUCAUUCGGAGAUAAAGCCCCAGCGCCAACAUGGUUCUCCUGUUUCGCGUUCCUUCCACACCAAGCACCGGUCGAAGUUUGUGGAUGGUGGAAUGGAGUUGUCUGAUUGCGCCGGAGGCCAGCUUCGACGGAAGACGGGGAGGAUAUGCGCAGGGAACCCCGUUCCGGGAACAUUGGUUCGCGUAGCCAAGAGAGCAAGAGACAACCAAGCCGUAGUUGAUUUGUUCUUCUGCGGAGAAGGAUACGAAGGAGGGGAUCGACUAGGGAGACAGGCGGACUGUAUCUGCCUUGAUUUCCAUGCGACGACAGUGGGUUUUUCUUCUUCUUCUUUUUCUUUUCUUUCGGCUCUCAACGGAUGA